GAGAGAGAUAUUGCAGAGAGGGAGAGUGCGUUUCUCCAUCUUCCCCUCUUUUUAAAAAUCUGACCGUUGAGCCUGUAAGUGGGCGCCGCCUCCGGACUCCACGGCAGGGAAGUAGAAGGAAGAGACAGGGGAGAGAGUGGACGACCGGACCUGUGAUGGAUGCGAUCGUUUCCGACGCGGCUGAUGGAAAAACCGCCUCUCCUUCUGAAUGGGAAUAUAUCUGUGACUUUGAAGUGGACUACGGGUCUGAGAAAAAUGCAUCCAUAGUCCUUGCAGCAUUAGCUGUUGACAAGGAGUUGCAACCAGACAAAGUAAAGAGGCAGAUGUCCUUGUCUGAUGGAAGACUAAUAGUUCAUUUUGAGGCAGUGGAGGCAAGGUUCCUGCGAGCAUCAUUCAGCGCAUUUGUAGAUAUUCUGACACUCGCCACAAAAACCAUUGAAGAAUUUGGGCUGCAGCAAGAAGCGCUGAGUUGAGGCAAUGGGUUUCCUAUUAAUGGCAUUGUUUUUCCAGCUGAGCAGCAUCAUAACGAAAAUAUACAUUCAAGAAAUCUUCCUGAAGCUUUGGUAAUUGUUGCUUUUGUACUCUGUAGCUGUAAGAUUUUAUGCCAAAUAUCACAAUCAAUUUAGUUUUAGUAUUUGAUUUCA